GCUGGACAUACAAUUCGGAACAGAGAAAGGCAAGCCAAGACCAAAACUUCUUCAAUGAAGAAUCGGCAGCACAAGUAACCCAAACUUGCAGAAACCGACCGGCGAUUACCCAACAACACGCAUCAUCUUUUUUUCUGACAUGAACUGGCAGCCACCAUAUAAUCUCGGCACAAACGCAUCGAUUCCAUUCGUGCAACUGAAUGCUCACGUGCAAUUCACGAGCACUGAUCGCUCCAUGGACCUCGAGCAUGGCAGCAGCAGGAAGCCCUCUGCUGCACCGGCGGCGGCUGCGACGCCGACGACCUGCAACAAGCUCCUCAGGGACAGGCUCGCCGCCGUGCAGCCGGCCGUGCUGCGCGCCGCCGCGGCCCUGGCCACGGCGGUGGCGGCGGCGGUCAUGGCGCUCAACACCCAGUCCUACACCGCGGUUGUCGCCAUCGUCGGCACCCGGCCGCUCACGCAGACCUUCACCGCGAAGUUCAGAGACACGCCUGCAUUUGUGUACUUCGUCAUAGCCAAUGCCAUUGCCGGUGUGUAUAACCUGCUGGUGCUGAUCAUCAGGCGCCUAAUUCUGCGGCGGAGGACAUCGAGUUUGGUCGUGCAGAUGCUCGACAUGGUGAUCAUGGCUCUGUUGGCUACCGGUGCCGCCACAGCGGCCUCGAUGGCGGAGCUAGGCAAGAACGGUAACUUGCACGCACGGUGGAACCCGAUGUGCGACAAGUUUGGUUCCUUCUGCAGCCGUGGAGGCAUUGCGAUCGUUUCAUCGUUCAUCGGUGUCGUCCUCAUGCUGGCACUGAACCUACUAUCAGCUGCAUCCAACGCUCACCGGCCCAAUGUGGCAGGCCAAUGAGUAGUCCAUAUCUCAGACAGCUCAUCCACAACAGUGCACUGUUUCAGCAUUUGGAUCUCACUCUGGGGGUCAAGGCAACACAACUGUGAGCUGCUCUGAUACACAUGUGGGGGAGCUGGAUCACAGCAUUGAGUGCUGCCAAAUUUGGUGUCAAACUGUUCCAUGUUGCUUGGCCUGAAAUGGGUAUGCCAAGAGUACAAAAGCACAUAGCUGCAGUUGGUUAUUAUAUUGAUCUUUGGUUAGACCAGUUCUUACAAAAGUUUGUGUAAUUACUCUAUUGAAUGUUUCUAAUCCUUUGUGGUUGUAAGUUGUAACAGGCAAUGCUGUACAGAUGCUACUUUAUUUUCUUCAGGGUGCUACUUUGCAGACAGUUCUUACAUAAAUCUGAAUAUUGAAGCUGUGCCUGAAGUUCAGAAGGAGACAUCUGAAUAGAGAAGUUGUUUGGAGUAGCAUGGGAUGUUGAUCCAUCCAAACAGGGUCUUAUUUAUGCACAAUAAGCGAAUUUAUUUUCAUAAAUGUAGGAGGUUGUCCAAGUGUUCCUUUCAGCAAUCUCUACAAAUUAAGAAUUUAAUUAA